AUGGCGCAUGCCUUAGCGAAUCUUCGCUCGUGUGUGCAAGAAUUUCAACUACAGGAUCACGAAGAAACUACUUCAAACAUACACAAGCGUUGGUGUAUGUGGGUAGAAAAUUUGGAAUAUUGUUUUACUUUUGAAGGACUAGAUACAGUACCGACAGAAGAUGGGGCUGUCUCACCAGAAGUUAAGAAAAAAGCAGCGCUCCUAGCCUUAGGCGGCCAUCAGUUGCGGGAGCUCUACAACACCCUCGAAGAUACAGGGACGACAUACACUGAGGCAAAGAGGAAGAUCGAAGAGCAUUUCAAAGGUUCAAAGAAUCUCACUGCAGAAAGAUACAAAUUUUUCUGCAUGAGACCACUCUCAACUCAAGAAACUCAUGAUCAAUGGGUUACUCGUUUAAAGACUAAAGCAAGAGACUGUGAAUUUGAUCAAAUGAACAUGAAGGAAGCAAUUAAGUUGGUGGUUACUCUACACACACCGAUUCCUAAAUUGCAAACAGCUGUCAUAAGAGAUGAUAUGACUUUCGAGCAAAUGAUGAAACUGGCACAAUCUAUGGAGCUGGCUCACCGAGAAGUUAGCUACAUGAAGGCAAACACGAUGGAACCUCAUAAUACUCAUUCGGCGGAGAAUAUCGACCUUAACAAAUUGGCACAUUAUGCUGAUCAGCAAGGUAUGCGGCUGGCACCAAAGAAGCCUGCCAACAAAUCAACAAAAAUGGUUGAGUUGUGUCGUUAUUGUGGAGAAACGACACCACACAAAGGAAGUUGCAAAGCAAGAGGUGCCACAUGUAAUAACUGUGGCAAGAAAAAUCAUUUUUCACGAGUUUGUGAAAGCAAGAAAGUCAACUCAGGCACUAAUCUAGAGCAAAAGAGCGUCCGGUAUUCGGACGCUGCCCUAUAG